GCGCAAGGACCAGCCGCGUCCCUCGUCCUCCCGGUCGUCAGGGGUGCCCAGUCAGUCCCCUGGAAGCUGAGGAGAGCAUUGGAGGACCAGGGACCGGCGCGGCUGGACAAGCCUCCUGGCACCUGUGCGCUGAUGGGGGAGCCACUGCCAGUGUAUUGAUAAGAGGCUGGACCGAACAUUCGCCAGGCAGCUACUGGCUGGAGACAUUGCUGUCCGAAUUAGCAAAUAGUUUCAUUCCUGGACCAGUGGGUAAAAAGACAAAGUGGGGCAGUCAUCGUCUAAACCGCAAAACCUAGCCCGGACUGGGUUUUCAUCUCAAUCAAGAAGCCAACCAGAGCAUGGUUUUGGCCUUCAACUGCUAAUGAACGAUAUUAACUCGUCUUUGGAAAGCCUUAACUCAGCUUGCAACAUGCAGUCCGACACUGACACUGUGCCCCUUCUUCAGAAUGGCCAGCAUGCUAGCAACCAGCCAGCAGCCUCUGGCUCACGUAGCCAGCAGCCGCAGGCGUCCCCAAAGCAAAAAGUGCAGCGUUCCCAACCUGUCCAUAUUCUGCCUAUCAGGUGGGCCCAGAAAAGUGAGCUUUGGAUUUUCCAGAGGAGGAAAGGGAGGAGAGGCGACCCUGGAGAAGUGCCAAGGAGCACAGAGGAGAUGUUGAAUCGGCGUCUUCAGGAGGAAGACCAGCAGCUCAAAACCUCAUCUCUCCCAGCUAUCCCUAACCCAUUUCCGGAGCUGGGACCCGGGAGUCCUUCCGUGGUUCCUCCGAGCUCCUUACCUCCUCCUCCAAGCCAGCCCCCGACCAAGCAGGAUGUCAAAGUCUUCAGUGAAGAUGGCACAAGCAGAGUGGUGGAGAUUCUGACUGACAUGACAGCCAGGGACCUGUGCCAGUUGCUGGUUUACAAAAGUCACUGUGUGGAUGACAACAGCUGGACUCUGGUGGAGCACCACCCACAACUGGGAUUAGAGCGGUGCCUGGAGGACCAUGAGAUCGUGGUCCAAGUGGAGAGCACCAUGCCAAGUGAGAGCAAAUUCCUAUUCAGAAAGAAUUAUGCGAAGUACGAGUUCUUUAAAAAUCCGGUGAACUUCUUCCCGGAUCAGAUGGUCACUUGGUGCCAGCCACCCAAUGGCAAUCAGGCCCAGCUUCUGCAGAAUUUUCUGAACACAAGCAACUGCCCUGAGAUUCAAGGGUUCCUGCAGGUGAAGGAAGUUGGAAGAAAGUCCUGGAAGAAACUGUAUGUGUGCCUGCGCAGAUCUGGCCUUUAUUACUCCACCAAGGGGACUUCAAAGGAACCCCGUCACCUGCAGCUGCUGGCUGACCUGGAGGAGAGCAGCAUCUUCUACCUGAUUGCUGGAAAGAAGCAGUACAACGCCCCCAAUGAGCAUGGGAUGUGCAUCAAGCCAAACAAAGCGAAAGUCGAGAUGAAGGAGCUGCGUCUGCUCUGUGCUGAAGAUGAGCAGAUCCGUACUUGCUGGAUGACAGCCUUCAGACUCCUCAAGUAUGGAAUGCUCCUGUACCAAAACUAUCGCAUCCCACAGCAGAGGAAGGCUUUGCUCUCUCCUUUCAAUACACCUGUGCGCAGUGUCUCUGAGAAUUCUCUGGUGGCCAUGGAUUUUUCUGGACAAACCGGAAGAGUGAUCGAUAAUCCGGCUGAGGCCCAGAGUGCUGCCCUGGAAGAGGGCCAUGCCUGGCGGAAGAGAAGCACACGCAUGAAUAUUCUAAGCAGCCAAAGUCCCCUUCAUCCUUCUACCCUGAACUCGGUGAUUCACAGGACUCAGCAUUGGUUUCAUGGACGUAUCUCCCGUGAGGAGUCUCACCGCAUCAUCAAACAACAAGGACUCGUGGACGGGCUGUUCCUCCUCCGUGACAGCCAGAGUAAUCCAAAGGCGUUCGUACUGACACUGUGCCAUCACCAGAAGAUUAAAAACUUCCAGAUCUUACCCUGCGAGGAUGAUGGGCAGACAUUCUUCACUCUGGAUGAUGGGAACACCAAGUUCUCCGAUCUGAUCCAGCUGGUUGACUUCUACCAGCUCAACAAAGGUGUUCUGCCUUGCAAGCUGAAGCACCACUGCAUCCGCGUGGCCUUGUGACCUCCCUGCCCUGUCACAGAGGCUGGGGGCAGCAACACUGCAACGGAGAAGAGAGGCCUGCAUGAGUGUGAUAACACACACCCACUCCCCAGCAACUCAGAACAUCAUGGCUUUCUGAUCGGUGCCAACCGACCAACAUCAAUUAGUUAUUGGGCUUCACAAAGAUUUGCCACUGCGGAUCAGGCAGGGCCACCCCCCUGUGCGUCAGCCAUUUAAAUUAGGGGAGGGGUGAGAUCCAGUGCAAGUGUGGGAAGAAACUGGAAUGACAAUUUUGAUUAGGCCACGUAGGGUGAAAACCGCAGAGAAAUUAUUGGAAAUGAACUCUUGCCCUGGAGUAAUCUUGACAAUUUAAAACCGCGAUGUUUACUUUUUGUAUUGAUCACGUUUUUUGCACUCCUUCUUCGUUGUCAAUGUUGUACUCGGCCUAUAUGGUAGGAGGGGAUGUGGCUUUGCAACCCAGAUGAGACAAGGAAUUUUGAAUUGGCAGACUUCAGCCUGAAAAAUUGGUCCCCAAAGUUUUGUCAAGGGCAUCCUGCUUUCCACAGGUUGCCACAGUGUAGAUUUGGCUCCUACAUUAUAGACACCCCAGUCCUUCCCAUUAUACUUGAAACGCUUCUGUUUUAAAAAAGAAAAUAAGAUAAAAUAAUGAAAUACAAGGUGUCGACCGCAGUUGACACCACGCAUGUUUUGUGGACUCAGUCAAGCUGCCACAGUCUGGUCAUCAUUGUGCUGACGUCUGGUCGUUUAUUAUUAGUGUGUCUCGUUCUCCAUAGUGCAGGAGACCUCAUUACUUUGGAAAACUCGCUGUUCUCCAGCACAGCACAGCUGCAUGACCUCAGCUUCAGACUGAUGUCAGCAAGCCUUCUUGGAACACAUUGGUAUUCAUUGUAGAUGGCACCCCGUCCACCUGGGGUGCCCUGUGCCUCCCGUUUUCACAGCCACUGCUGUUGUAGAAUAAUUGCUGCCUUUGCCUUCUGCGUAGCCUCAGUCAUUUCAGCUCACCCACAGGGUGGAGUGGGGUGGCGGGGUGAGAGGCACUCAAGAGAAAAUGUCAACUUGUUGGCUUUGUGCUCUGCCACUCUGAGCAUCUAUGGUGACAGAGAUAAGGAAACACUGCAGAGGGCGCCGGCCUAGGCUGGCUUUGAGUCUUUGCUGAUGGUCUCUGCUCCCUACUGAAAACCCCCUAAGCCAGCAGGGGCAGGGUAUGCAGAGGCUCUGCCUCUGCUGGCUUCGGGUGAGAAGUACCUCACAGUGGUUGUGAACAUUGGACAGUUUUGUUUUAUUUUUUUUAGCAGCAUGAUGUUUGCUUCCUCCUCCAAGAGAGGAGUCAGAAGGUGGCUGGAGUUGUCAUUGGCUCCCCUGAGCCCCCAUGGAGGACCCUCUGUUCUCCCCUUAAUGAUUUUUAUCAGGCAUGAGGGUAGCAGACAGGACUCCCUUGAGAAACACAGACAACCGUGGUGUGAACAGGUUUCCUUUCCUGACACCACACCUGACUGGCCCUUUGAACCUGAGCUAGCCACUAGAUUGCCAGUCCCGACUUGCGAAGCGCUCCCCAGGGAGCACUUCUGAUUGCCUGCGGUUGACGGCACACAGUGGAAGAUAGAGGUGACAUCGCUUUGUGAGCAGGUCUGCUGCAAGCUGGUCCACAGUAUAGAAACACUGUAGUUCACAGACCACGCAACCGUGUUUCCACGAGAUGUUUAUUACAGCAAAUGAAGAAUUUUUUUCUUUUUAUCUUUUUAUCUUUUUAUCUAUCUUUUAUUGUUUUUUUUAGUAAAACAUUUUCUUAAGCAUAAAUGCUCAAUUGCAUUUCUCUUUCUUUCGCAGCUAGUUAAUCAUUCAGUUGACAAUGAGAUAAUUCUCAAGUUCAUGCCUGGCAGCAGGUUUCCACUAAUCUUCCCCUUAGGGACAGAUAACGGACAUUUCAGUUUUGCCAUGUUCAUUUCUCUUUGCUGACUUAAGGUCAGAACUUUACAAAACAGACAACAAGCAACUCUAGGGUUUCUUUCUCCAGUUUACACAGACCAGUCCCCACAGUGCAUAAUCAUUUUCUUUUGCCUCUACAGUAGACAGCUAGGAAGUGUAUCUCAUAUUUAUAAGUAUGCAUUUUAUUUAAAAGGAAGUAUAGGCUUGACUCUGGUUCACAAUUUUGUACGUAGCUGGUUUGACGUAGUAUUUUGUACUUCCCUAGCCGAAGUGAAUUGUUGAAGGCUGCAACCCGCAUUGAGUGUAGCAGACUUCAGUGGCCUCGAGCUCGCCAGCCUUUGCACAGGCAGCUGGGAAUUCCACCUGAAACAGCUAGUCCCUGGGGUAGUGGGUACCCAUCCCCCCUAGCCAGAGACUGAAGGACAGUUGACUUUUAUUUUUGUAUUUAAUUGACAUGAAUGUAAAGGGGACAGCUCAGGGUUGUUUUGGAGCCUGUUUGACUUUGUAAUCUCUGCCUGUGAUUUUCUUUUCCAAAUGAAAACUCCGAGUAGCCACCAGGACUAAGUUGAGAAGGAAAAUGCCAAAUGCUUUGGGUUUUUAGAGUUUUAAUAGGUAGGCUCUGUUAUAUUAUUAGAUGUUAGAGUUUCUGAACGUGUUUUUGUUUGCUUAAACUUUGAAGAAAUAUGUGCCUCAGCUUAGAUGUUUUGUCUCCCCUUUGUGCACUUAAAUACCUGACAGUCUGUCCGAUCACUGCGCCUCCGAGAGCGCAACUAGCUCAUCGUAGAUUUGUGAUGUCAUAGUGCAAACUACAGUGACCGGAGAAAUGGCCUGACAUGUAAACGCUUUCAGGGAAUGCAGAGGGUGUUGAUUAACAGACAAAACCUUUAUCCCGCGUGCUUUGCUUCACUCUGUGCUAUAGCUCUUUGGCUCGUGAACCUAAUGUAAACUUUCAGGUAUUUUUGUACAAAUAAGGGACUGAUGUUCUGUUUCUUGUUAUUAGAAAUAAACAUUAAUACAGUGUU